GUGAGCGUUUUCACGCUGACGGCGAUCGCGGCCGACCGCUACCAGGCGAUUGUGUACCGUCUCAUCAACCACCAGUCUCGUCAGAGAACCAAAAUGGCCAUCGUCACCAUCUGGGUUCUUGGUAUCAGCCUGGCCCUGCCCCAGGCCCUCUGGCUGCGUGUGUGCCUGCAGUGGGACGAGGUGCUGAAGCUCUACAAGCCGUAUUGCGACUACCAAGGUGUGGACCGGAUCUCAAGAAACGUCUAUUUCUACGCCAGAGUUAGCUGCCAGUACUUCAUCCCUCUGGUGGUGCUCUCGUUCUGCUACUGCCGGGUCGGCUGUGAGAUGUGGGGAUCCCGAGUGCCAGGAAACGCCGACAACCAGCGUGACGCCGUGCUCCUCAACAACAAACGCAAGGUGCUGAAGAUGCUGGUGAUCGUGGUCGUCAUGUUCGUCAUCUGCUGGCUGCCCUUCCAGCUCUUCUACGUCGUCUUCUCAAUCUUCCCGAACAUUGGAGAAUUUCGCUACAUCAACGUCAUCUUUUUCUGCUCCCACUGGCUGGCCAUGGCCAACAGCUGCUGCAAUCCGUUCAUCUACGGCAUCUACAACGAGAAGUUUAAGCGCGAGUUCAAGAACAAGUUCCAGAAGAGCAUCUGUCACGAGGGUCGCUACUCGAUGGAGCCGCAGUCGUCCGAUAUGGAGAACGGCUCCGAGGAGCUGCGGUCGCGCUUCUCCCUCCAGAGGUCCCUCAGGAACAAAUUCCUCGGCGCCUCCACCAAGACCACGCUGGACCGCGCUGCCUCUGUACCGGGCAAGGAGCUGGAGCCACUGGCUGGCGGCGGGCCGCCAAUCAACCUCACGGGACCCGAUUGAUGCCAGGCGGCGGCGGAUGGCCGCCCCCGCCCCCGCCCCCGCCCGGCUGUCACCGUGACCUGGGGUCAUACCGGAGCAGUGGAAUCAGUCCAGUGGACGGCCGGUCAUGCACCGAACGGAGAAAACCAGCCGCGAGCAGGCAACGUCCUCACUGUGUCAACACCGGCCGGCCGCAGCACUGCCAUCUGACGGUAGAAAACGGAACUGCCGCUUGUGGAAACUACCGCGAGGUGGUGCUAAGAGGCAAAGCGUGUCCCGAGGCUGGGAGAAUCAAUGUCGGGGGUUCGCCUGCCGUGAGAUUUUUGUUCUAUGGCGAUGUUGUGUUAUCUGUGAUGCUGAGUUGUAAAUAGUUGUGGGACUGUGGUGUGCAUAAAGAAACUUGAGGUUAUUCGUGGCGACAAUGGACAGUGAUCAAUGUGCGCCGGUACCUAUACGUAAUGUGAAUUUCGGGUCCAGGCAUGGUUAAAGAUUCGGUCCUAAACGCAUAGAAGUAAGCGCCUGACAAUCAUGGGCAUUGGGCACACCUUCCUUCAUUUUCAACCCCCAUAGGGAUCAAAACCUUCUCAUCCACGCCUCUUGUCCCCUGAUCCAGAUCCUUCUCCUCCACGCCUCUUGUCCCCUGAUCCGGGCCGGACGGUCACAUCUGCCGUUAUCCCACGUACCUAGGUAGCUCUUCAGGAGCAGGCCCAUCGUGCGAUGACGUGACCGUUAGCGGGGCCGGGUGGCCUGUCCACAGUGACGGGCUCUGAGCCCCCGUGGUGAACCAGGGUGGCCAUCCAAACCAAUGUCUACCAUUGAUUCCUUCAUUCCUAUCAUCUUUCCGGCUCUGCAAAGGUCUCAUUCGACCGAAAGAGCCUAGCCCUGCAAAAUAAAAUAAACAAACUUGACUGUCUUGGUAGAAAGCAAUCACCAAACUUAUCGCAUAGCAUAGCAUAGCGAUUUAUGGAUGUAAUUCAAAACCUUCUAUGAACGUCAAACGCCUAGCAACCCACCUUCGAUGAAUAUUGCAUGCUUAAAAACCCAUGCCACUGGACCGAACAUGUAAAUAAACCCUGUACAAAUCGAUUGGGGGCGUGGAUUUUCACAAAGGCGCACUUUCAAAAGGUGAUAUGUCUUGUGCUACAGCUAAUAUUCUUGUUGUUGCCUGUUUGUGUUGUGCAUUGUAAUUUCUAUGUUGCAUUGCUUUUUCAUCCCGUGAUGCGUAAAGGAAAUGGGUACAGCUUUUCUCACUGUGUGAUAGUAUCGUGCCAGCAAAACCGAGAAUAGACCCAAGACUUUGUGAUCAGUUACUCGUAAAUUAACACACCUACUUCAAAGCUAUUGAGAACAUGGGAGGGGAGAGUCAUCUCAAGACGAGCUUGAAUGGAGCGUUGCGGACCUUUGUGUGUGGCAUUCAAGUGACUGCUGCCAUAUGAGCCUUUCGACUAUUCUCGGUUUUGUCGAAAUGAUACCUACCACGCCGAGUGAAAAGGCUGUACCUAUAAGCUACGUUGGGAAAAAUACGCUGAUAUGUAUGGGUUACCACGGACAAUGUACAGAACAAUGCUGGUGUAUCAUCUACGUCAGUCACAGUUGAUGUACUAUGAACUGUAAUAUAGCGUCAGGAUACUAA